AUGGCUGGGGCCAUUCAUAUCAUCGAUCAGAGGGCAGAUACUGUAAUUUUGUUGAAAGAUGCGGGAUCUAGUUUCGCAGUUUGGAAGGAACGCGUGCCUCCAGAUGAUGGCAAACAGCCUAGGAAAUGCCACAACGACAUGAACUUCAAUAACAAUGUCGCAACGGAAGAUGAAACCCUCGAGAGCGGUAUCCGCUAUCACGUCUCCUCCCGACACCUGAUGCUCGCUUCCAAGCAUUUCAUGAAAGCGCUAUCGGAAGAUGGUUGGAAAGAAAGCCAUCGCAAAAAGGAUGGGGUUUUCUACGUCUCCGCCCAGGAUUGGGAUGCUAGAGCGUUCUUGAUCCUGAUGAACGUGUUUCAUCUUCGCAAUCAAGCAGUCCCUCGCUCGGUGUCUCUGGAAAUGCUUGCUAAGAUUGCCGUAUUAGUCGACUAUUACGAUUGCGCAGAAGCCAUGGUGGUGUUUGUGGGAAUUUGGGUUGAAAUAUUAAAGAAGAGCGACCCAGUUCCUUCGACGUAUGGUCGAAAGCUAAUGCUGUGGAUGCUCGUUUCGUGGGUCUUCCGCCUUCCCCAGCAGUUCAAGCACACCACGAAUAUUGCGCUAACGCAGUGCGACGAUAAAUCAAUUCAGACGAUGGGGCUUCCAAUAUCUGGACUUAUCUCCUCUGUGAUUGACCACAUGCGUAUCAAGGCGAUUGAGGACAUGAUAUCGGGAUUGUACAAAUGGAUCGAUACUUUCCGCUCCGCUCAAUAUACAUGCCUUCAGGACAAUGCUCAUUCCUUCCAAUGCGGAGCAUUCCUCUUGGGCGCCCUGAGCAAAGAAAUGGACUAUCAUGGGCUGUCGUCACCUCGACCGGAAGUUCCUUUCGACGGAUUGAGCGUCCAGGGAGUCUUGAAGAAGGUUCUGGAGAUGCAGUCUCCCACCUGGUAUACUUCUCGUGAACCGAAGUACUAUGAUCAAAAACCCCACAGUUGUACCUUAGCCUCUAUAGUAAAUCCGAUGGCUGAGAACAUAGUCGCUCUCAUCGGGGGAUUGGACAUAUCUUAUUUCCUAAGUAAGGGGGAUGUUGUGGGUCUGUGGUAGAGGUUGAGAUAAUGCGGUGCUCUCUUAAGCAGGGGCUGUGGCUUAACCCGUAGCUUAUGCC